AAGGUUUAUAUUGGGCGUCGGGAAAGAGAGAACAGGCGAUGCAAAUAUUGGAGCCCCUUUCGGUAAAUGCUUUUAUUAUUCAUGAGCAACAUCUGUAUGUUUACGUCGAAUACAUCAGCCGGUGUACCCUCAUGUGAACUUCAGUCGGGCUGCUUCUGGCCCGCUUCUAAUUUCCAUCCUAACAUUUUAUUUUUGCUCAACACGAAUCCUCUAUGCGAUUAGUCUUGAAUCACAAUAUGCAUGAGUUUGAGAGUUUUAACUUGAUAAUUAAAUAGCAAUUUUUACGCGCAUAAGCUGACAAAACAGCAUGCAAUUAAACAUACAUUUGGGCAUAAUGAAGUCCGCUGCAGAGCAGAGCAGAACUGGUGUGCCUUUAUGAUCAUGAAAACUCUUGUCUAAAUAAACACAUAGCAACCAAGAGAGAUCUAAGUCUGUCUUUACAGGCUAUUGUCUUUUUGUCCCGGGGUGCCAAACUGGAUUGAUGCCUGACUUGCAGUGCAGCAUGACUCGCAUUACUUCGCCACUUGUGCACUAGAUUCGUCUAUAUAUAGCCAGAGGAGCUAUAUUAAAUUCACAUAGAGGGACGACGAAUUCAUACCUGCCACUGGCUCACUGGGGAAAUCAUUUAAAAUAGAUUAAAUUCAUCAUACAGCUUCCAAAAUAACUGACACAUGUGCGGCACAGGCCCAAACGUAUCUUAAAUAAAGACCUGUCCUGUCAAACUCAACAAGUUCUCUGGUUUGUUUAGCCUAAGUGUUAUUUGCGGCACAGGGAUUAAGCCCUACGUGCAUAACAAAGUCUAAAUCGUGUUGCCUUUGGUCUAAAAAUAUGAUCUCCAUCUUUAAAAUGUUUCAGGCGUCUCUGCAGAGGUUAAGGUUAGGGUUAAGGUGAGGGUUAGGUUUAAAAACGAACUUAAAGACUAAAAAAAAGGAAAAAAAGAAGACAGGUUAAGCAGCUUGGCGUGGAAUUGGAUACAAUUCUGUCUUUUGUUCUUCCUUGUAAUGUGAUAAUUUAACGAUGACUGUCUGCAGCCAGAUAGAAGCAACCCUACAGAGGCUCCACGGUGGAAAACAACCCCGUUUGAAUUAUUUAGCUCUUUCAAAAUAGCCUAAAUUGCGUCUAUGCAAAAUUCCCUUCUCAGUAUUUUUCCUUUCCCAUACACCCAAAGCUCUACUUUAUAAACUCAUUGACUCAUAGGCCUAUAGCCUACACGUUGAGGCGUAGGCUAUCUGUCAUUUUGUGCCAGUGGUCACAUGGCUUUGGCCCUCAGGAAUGGAUAGAGAUGGAUCCCCACGUCAGCUUGUACGUCUAAGGAUUUCUGCUCCACCAGUCUGCCUCAAAGUGACUGGAGCGCAGCGCUGCGGAGGAACUAUGCGAGGAUUAUUAUAGGACGUUUCCAACAGCAGAAUAUGGAUUUUGAUGAGCGCAUCUCUGGCUCUAAUAUGUAUUUACCGAGCUGCACUUACUACGUCUCCGGAGCCGACUUCUCGGGUCUCCCUCAUUAUUUAACCCAGAGCCAGUCCUCUUGCCCCAUGACAUACCCCUACCAGUCCUCAGCCCUGCCACAAGUCCCGUCCGUGAGAGAUGUAGCUUUCAGAGACUAUGGAAUUGACACAUCGAGUAAAUGGCACCACAGCAGGGGGAGCCUAUCGCACUGCUACACCGAGGACAUAGUGCACAGCCGGGACGGCUGGACGUCGAGCCCGACCUCACGGAGCGCAGAGAUCCUGGUGAAAGGCAGCUCCAGCGCCAGCCACUCCGGCUCCUCCAACCCGACGCCCGGCUUCUAUGGCAGCGUUGGCAGGAACGGCGUCCUUCCACAGGCGUUUGACCAGUUCUUCGACACCGCCUACGGGGGUGCAGAGAGCAGCACAACACCGACAGCACAACCGACAGCGGACACGGACAGACACGCCGCCAAAACAAGCCCCGCUCCUCCGGCUCACCCGGGCUCGGACACGGCGGAGAGCUUCAGCCCCAAGUCUUCCUCCGGCCACAGCGAGGAGAAACAGAGCAAAAGCAGCAGUGGCCAGAGGACGCGCAAGAAGAGAUGUCCAUACUCAAAGUAUCAGAUCAGGGAACUGGAAAGGGAGUUCUUUUUCAGCGUUUACAUCAACAAAGAGAAACGUCUGCAGCUCUCACGGAUGCUCAAUCUGACAGAUCGCCAGGUCAAAAUCUGGUUUCAGAACAGGAGGAUGAAGGAGAAGAAACUGAACAGGGACCGUUUACAGUACUAUACCACAAACCCCCUGCUAUAAAAACUGAACAAAGACUGUCACUGGCAUGCAGCCAUGUACUCUGACAACACAACUACAUCUUAUCUGGAGAGGAUGAGUUUUUUAAUGUACCAGACUUCAUAAAGAAUUCUACUAUUUAUACACUAUUUUGUCAUUAAACACCGUUUGCUCUAUUAUUAUUAUUAUUAUUAUUAUUAUUAUUAUUAUUAUUAUUAUUAUUAUUAUUAUUAUUAUCUAUUAUUAUAGCCCUGAUUUCUGCUUCAACAAACAACAAAUUCCCCCUUUUUUUAAAGUUUCGUGUACUGUGCUGCAAUUUUCAAAAUAAUUAAUUUUGAAUUUAAAUUUUUUAAUUGUUUUUCCCGAAUUUACGCACACGCAACUUUUAGGGGCAGACAUCUUGACAGCAAACAACUGUUCGUGUUUUCUUCUUUCUCUUAAUCUUAUAAGUUUAUUGUACAAAUACAACUCCAGUGGCUGGAAACUA